GAAUGAUCCCGUCUGUCUGCUUCUCAAAGACGCUUCAGUUUCACAACGAGUGGUCAAAGUGAGGCUGGUGAAGAGAAGCUCCUCUCUGGAUCUGAAUGAUGCUGCAGUGAUGGACGCCAUGUUGAAGCAGCUCAAACAGAAGCUGAAGGAUCAGGGGCUGAAAGAAGAAGACGUCAAACUGAGCUGGAGGAAGCAGGCGGACGGGAAGGUGUUCCACAAAGAGGAGAAGAAGAAGAGGAUGAUUACAAAACCAAAAGACGAGCUGUAGACUAGUGGAAGAUGUUUGUCAUUGGUCAAUGGAUCGUUCCCAUGUUUAUCAUACGGUACAAAAGAGUUCUUGUAUUUCAUUGGUACAGAGGCUGAAACCUGAAGCACGUCUGUUUCCUCUUAUAAUCCUCACUUUACUGAUUCAAAGAUUCAAAGAUUCAAAAAACUUUAUUGUCUAUCACAUUGUGACAGAAAAUGACCUUUUGUUGAGGCUCAACAUGAAAACAUUCACACUAACACUCACAUCAGGUCAUAAAUAGCUAAAAGUACCUUAAACAGGUAAAAACACAUGCACAGCAUUUAAAAAACAUUGCUUAUCUAGCCUUGUUUAAAAUGCGUAUUGCAGUGGGAAUAAAAUAGUUUUUGUAAGUUUUCUUUUCGCCAGUGGUAUUCUAAAACGACUUCCUGUUUGGUCUCGUUCAGUCUCUUAACUGUAACGAGGUGAUCAUGUUUCUGUAUUUGUAAAGUAUAACUCUUUCUCUUUAAGUCUAAUCAUUCUGUUCAAAUCCUAAAAGCUGAGCAGGCACUACAACAUCGCCACGGCUACAAACCUGCAUGUUAUCAUUUGACAGAUGAAGCCAUGUUCAUUGCAUGUGUCUGUGUUAAAUAAAGGAAUACAAUAAAUAACUGUACAAGAAGACUGUCUCUUUAGAUUCAUAUUGUUUCAUAAGGAAGGGGAGAAUAAGCAUUUAUCCACCUGAUCCAUUCCAUCCAUGUGUUUCUGGAAUAUGGAAUAAAUAAUGUCAGCUGCAGCAACUUCCAGUCCACUGCAGCCCCUUCCAGUCAGCUGCAGCACCUUCCAGUCCGCUGCAGCCCCUUCCAGUCCGCUGCAGCACCUUCCAGUCCGCUGCAGCAACUUCCAGUCCGCUGCAGCCCCUUCCAGUCAGCUGCAGCACCUUCCAGUCCGCUGCAGCACCUUCCAGUCCGCUGCAGCCCCUUCCAGUCAGCUGCAGCACCUUCCAGUCCGCUGCAGCACCUUCCAGUCCGCUGCAGCACCUUCUAGUCAGCUGCAGCACCUUCCAGUCAGCUGCAGCACCUUCCAGUCAGCUGCAGCCCCUUCCAGUCCGCUGCAGCAACUUCCAGUCCGCUGCAGCCCCUUCCAGUCAGCUGCAGCCCCUUCCAGUCAGCUGCAGCACCUUCCAGUCAGCUGCAGCACCUUCCAGUCCGCUGCAGCACCUUCCAGUCAGCUGCAGCACCUUCCAGUCCACUGCAGCACCUUCCAGUCAGCUGCAGCACCUUCCAGUCCGCUGCAGCACCUUCCAGUCCGCUGCAGCACCUUCCAGUCCGCUGCAGCAACUUCCAGUCCGCUGCAGCCCCUUCCAGUCAGCUGCAGCACCUUCCAGUCCGCUGCAGCAACUUCCAGUCCGCUGCAGCAACUUCCAGUCCGCUGCAGCCCCUUCCUGUCAGCUGCUCGGUCUUUCAGUUAA